AUGAGCUUAUUAAAAUGGCUUUCUGGCUCUAAAACAAAAGCCAACAGGGAUCAMAGUACUGAAAGUACAGGUAGUUCAUACAAUCCACGAACACGAUUUAAAUCGGAAUUAACGCAAUCAUCACUACUACCAGAUUCAGAUCCAGAAUGUGCUUYAUAUUCUGGAUGUAGUGUCAUACAUGAAGACGAUCCAGCAUCAGACAUUAAAAGAGCUUAUGAAAAAGUACUACAAAAUAAAGGACCAUUUCAACCAAAGGAUAUCAAGUUUGAAGUGAACAAAAACCGAUCAUUUCUUAUCUCUUGGUAUGAUUUAUAUCCAUGGUUAGAGUACAGUCCUACUAGUCAGGCAGUUUACUGUUAUUCAUGUAGAGCGUUUCCAAGUCUAACUAACAAAGCAUGUAGGGGUCAACAUACUGAACCAGCAUUUGUUAAUGUUGGCUUUAAAAACUGGCCUAAAGCUAUAAGAAGUUUUAAUAAACAUCAAUCUAGUAUUCCUCACAAAGAAUCUACAGUAAAAAUAGCUGGACUGAAAUCAACUGUAAUUGUUGGUGAUGUGACCGUCCAAGUAAACAAACAAUAUAGCAUAGAAGUUGAAAAUAAUAGAUUAUAUUUUAAUUGCCUAUUAGAUAGCUUAUUGUACUGUUGUCGACAAGGUAUUGCCGUUAGGGGUCAUCGGGAAGAUGAUAACUCUUUAAAUAAAGAGUACAUGGGGAAAGAUGUUUUACAAUCAAUAAUUAGAGAUAUCCAGGAUUCCAAAUUUUUUAGUAUUAUGGUUGAUGAAACACAGGACUUGGCUAAGCAUGAGCAAGUGGCCAUAUGUAUUCGAUAUGUUUCAAAACUAUUUAUUACCCAUGAAGUUUUCUUGGGCUUUUAUCGCACCGAUAAAACUGAUGGUGAAACGUUAGUAAAUCUUAUAAAACAGUUUUUACAAACAAAUAAUUUAAGUAUUCAAAACAUCAGAGGACAGUGUUACGAUGGUGCUGCAUCUAUGCGAGGUUCAUAUACAGGUGUCCAAGCUAGAAUCCGAUCGGAAAAUAAAUUUGCUAUUUAUGUGCAUUGUUAUGCACAUAUUUUAAAUUUAUGUCUUGUAGACCUUUCGAAACAAUSAUCAUUUGUAAGAAAUACAUUUGGAACUCUACAAACUUUAUAUUCAUUUAUGGGUGCAUCAUCAAAGAGAAAUAGUGUUUUUGAAAAAAUAUUAUCAACAAGUUCAAUAAAUAUGUCUCAAAAAACUAAAUUAAAAUCUUUAAGCGAUACAAGGUGGAACUGUCGCAUUGAAGCAAUCAAUUCAGUUAUUAACACUUUGCCUGUUAUUGUUCAAACACUACAAAAUAUUUCUGAUAAUGAUGUGAAUUAUGGAUCAGAAGCAAACAAUUUGUUGAAUUGYAUACUUCAUUUUGAAUUUAUAUUUUGUUUGUUUUUAUUAAAAACUGUGCUUGAACAAACAAACAUACUCUCUAAAUAUUUACAGUCACCAUCAAUAAACUAUGCACUUGUUAAGGAAAUGUCAAUCAAAACUUACGACUCAUUGCAAGACUUACGUUCAGAUGAAAGUUUCAAUAAAUGUUGGGAAUCCUCGCAAGAUUUGGUGGUCAUGUUUUUCCAGAGUUUCAUGAUGAAAAGUCCUAUUACCGGAUCUCCAUUUAUUUUCCAGUUUUGGAUAUUGUCAUGA